AUGACCACCCCAAAACUCAUCCACACCCACCCCCUCCAACCCACCACCAGCACCAGCAUCACCAACAAUCCCAACACAAACCCCCCCCUAACCAUCGACCUCCUCCUCACAACCCUCACCCGGACCAUCCUCCACCCCAUCCCAUCCUACAUCCUCCUCCUAUGCCUCCGCGCUCAAGCAACCCCCUACACUUCCCUCCCCUUCAUCAUCGCCAUCAUCUACUCCGCCCUCCUCACCCUCAUCUACAUCCUCAGCACACUCAAUCAGCAAUUAGCCUACGGGGCCCCGCGCACCGUCGAUCUCUCCAAUGAAGUGGUGGUCGUGACGGGCGGUGCGAGCGGGUUGGGAUUACUCAUUGCGAGGAUAUAUGCGCUGCGUGGCGCCUCCGUAGCGGUUUUGGAUCUUCGCGGGAUAUCGGAUGAGGAGGUCGAGGAGAUGGGGUUGGGGGGGUGUUAUGUUUGUGAUGUUUCGGAUAGGGGGGCUUUGGAGGGCGUGGUGGGGAGGGUUGCGGUGGAGUUGGGCCCUCCUACCAUUUUGAUCCAUUGCGCAGCUGCAAGAAUCAACGGUCUACCCUUGCAACAGCUCUCUCCCGAGGCUUUCCAGAAAACUAUCAACACCAAUUUACUCGCCGCCGUUCAUGCCUAUCAGGUUUUUUUGCCGUAUAUGCUGGCUGCGCCGGACGGUGGGACCAUUGUUACGGUGAGUUCGGUGCUCGGGCAGCUGUGUGCGGCUGGCUUGGCGGAUUACUCGGCUAGUAAGGCUGGGUUGAGCGCGUUGCAUCGCUCGCUCGAGGCCGAACUUCGACAAUCCGGGGACGAUGCAAAAGUGAAGAUGGUUCUGGUGGAGCCGGGCCAGAUCUCAACGCCGCUGUUUGAAUCCGUCCAGACGCCCAACCGGUUCUUUGCCCCCGUGCUGGAGCCAGUCCAGGUCGCGCAGGCUAUUGUCUCGGCUGUCGACAGCGGCAGGGGUGGCGUGAUAAGGUUGCCUGCGUUUGCCAUGCUGGUGAACUGGUAUGCGGUGUUGCCGGCGAGCGUGCAGCGGUUGGCGCGGUACCUGAGCGGGAUUGAUGGUGCGGUAGCACAGGCGUCGUCCAAACCCGGCAGGGCUGAUUCGUCCAGCCAGCAGUUGCAGACUGAGUUGGAUCACGUGAAAGAGGACUGA